CUUUGGAAGUAACAGAGCAGUUGUUGCCUCACUAUAUGUGCAAGCAGUUUUUAAUCUGCUAGUGUUAUUACAAAUAAAAAAAAUAGGAGGAAAGGAGACAAGUAUCUUGACACCUGCCAGGAAACAGGAGACUUCACUUUGAAGUAACUGAUAAACCAGUGUGAAGCAUGAGGAUCAACUCUGCUAUUCAGGCUGCUAUUGACCUCACAGCAGGAGCUGCAGGUGGGACAGCAUGCGUGGUGACUGGCCAGCCCUUUGACACUGCAAAGGUGAAGAUGCAGACAUUCCCCGACAUGUACAAAGGAAUUGUUGACUGUUUUGUGAAAACCUAUAAGCAAGUGGGGUUUCGAGGCUUCUACAAGGGAACCACACCGGCACUUGUAGCCAACAUCGCGGAGAACUCAGUUCUGUUCAUGUGCUAUGGAUUUUGCCAACAAAUUGUGAGAAGAAUUGUUGGAGUAGACAGGAAAACAAAGCUCAGUGAUCUGCAGAAUGCUGCUGCAGGCUCCUUCGCCUCUGCCUUUGCCACCCUUGUCCUCUGUCCCACAGAGCUGGUGAAGUGCCGGCUGCAGGCCAUGCAUGAAAUGCAGUUGUCAGGAAAGAUAAUCCAGGGACACAAUACAGUUUGGUCAGUAGUGAAGGGUGUUAUUCAAAAGGAUGGUCCCCUUGGAUUUUACCGUGGCCUGUCGAGCACUUUGCUGCGGGAAGUCCCAGGCUAUUUCUUCUUCUUUGGAGGGUAUGAACUGAGCCGGACAUUUUUUGCCUCUGGGAGAUCAAAAGAUGAAUUGGGUCCCAUUCCUUUGCUACUAAGUGGAGGUUUUGGAGGCAGCUGUCUGUGGAUUGCUGUGUAUCCUGUGGACUGUGUCAAAUCUAGAAUUCAGGUUCUUUCAAUGGCUGGAAAACAGGCAGGCUUUAUGGGAACAUUUGUCACUGUUGUGAGAACUGAAGGUGUACUUGCCUUGUAUUCCGGACUAAAGCCAACUAUGAUCCGUGCAUUCCUGGCCAAUGGGGCACUGUUCCUUGCCUAUGAGUACAGCCGGAAACUUAUGAUGAAACAAAUGGAUUCUUACUGAUACCUUCUAGCAGAUGGAGAACAAAAGGUUGUUUGAGGAUCAUUUAAAUAAGUGAUCAAAAACCUGUAGAUCAUGUCAUGACAGUGACCUAAUUUUAAGAACUCAGCUCCAGUUUAGGAUUUGUAAUCUUUUAAAUUCAGGUGAUUUUAUAGAGAUGUGUACAUGCUGCUUGAAUUGGACCAGCAGAACUAUCUCUCUCUUGCAGAUUCUGCACUAGGUACAUUGCAUGUCAUAAAUGUAUUUUCCUGACCUGUAAUGGUGCUAAAAGACUGUUGACCUGUUGGGUUUAAUGUAACAUGCAGCAGUAGGCUGUGAUUUGUUUAAGGCAAAGCACUGUUUUAAAAUCUCUGCUGUGGUGGUGAACUUUCCCAGUUAUUGCUGGCAAGUGUCUGACUCAAAAUAACAGCAAUCCUGUCUAAUCUUGCUGAGUAUGGCUGACAUACAUACAUAUUCCUCAGCUAGACCCCUGCCCUUCUCCAGCUCCCUUCUGCUCUGUGACUUUCCAAGGUCAUGGCAGUUGGUGUCUGACAUACUCUGUCCCAGUGAAUGGGGCUUAUAAAAGUAGGAAGUGUUCACUGUGUACCUUGUAUGACUUUAGAGCUUGAGAGAUGCCUGCAUUUGAGAUAAAAACAUAGUUACUGGGUUUAAGGAGUCCAUGCAGCAUUUUAUUAUUUUCUAAAUCCUUUAAAGAAGUGCUGGAGUAUGCUAAGCACCACUGACUUAAACACUUAAUGUAAGGGAGACUGCUGGAAAUAGCUGCUGGCUCUGAGCACAGAAUUGUAACUUUGCGCAGGCUCCUGCUUGGGUCACCUUGACAUGAAUGAGUCCAUGUGCUUGAAGGACAGGAAGCUGAAGAGGAGCAGAAAGCCAGAACUGAGUUCUUAAAGACAACUAACAAACACCAUUGUUUCCAUGCUGUAACAUGCACUUGCUUGGGCUGGAGUCCUGCCACUUGCUGUGUCUCUCAGCUGAGUGGAAAAAGCUCAUAUGACUGGAUAGUUUGUGUCACCUUCAGGCCUGGAAGGCAUGCCUUUUUGGGCAUGUUAGUUGAUUAAACAUGCAGUUAGUCAGUGUUGCCCAAAAUGAUGCAAUAACACAUAUUUCUAGAUGCCACUUUCAUUCUUGAAGUAGGAUGUUCUUUAUACAAGCAUGCUCUGGCUUGGAAGCAGCAACUACUGCCUGUCCUGGGAGAAGGCAAAGUGGGUCUCAGAGCAACACAAUUCAUGACUCAGGCCUGGAGUCGUACAGAGGGAUGUUGCAAACAGCUCAGUUUUGCAUGUUACAGCUUUCCUUUCAGAUCCCAGAAACAGGAAAAAGCUUUAGGCAUAGAUGAAAGCAUCUCAAUACCUACCGCCUCUUGCAGUGUAGCCAGGAUGCACUUAAAUUGGCUACUCCACUGCACUGCUACAGCCUCUUUGAAAGGUGGUUGCUACAGUUUCACAAACUCUUCUUGCUUCCCCAGCCUUUCAUGUGCAGCAAGAACUGUUCAUCUCCCUUCUAUACACCCAUGAGAAAAGGCAGUUAAAGCAGGGCAUGGCUGAAGAAUCUUCAGUGUCUUUUGCACCAAUUUACCUUGAUUGACUGGUACACUAGGGGCAGUAAUACUGUGCACUGUCAGUACAUUAAAAGGAAUUUACACCAAAAGUUUAAAUAAUUCAGGUAGAAGGGUGAGGCUUUAAGAGUUGUUAAACUUCCCCUUCUUUUAAAAGUUGUCUAGCCAAGAGAAAUAGUAUAUUUGUACAUGUUUCUAAUAGUUAUGAAAAGGUAAAGACUGACACCACAUCAGUGGAAUACUUCAAUCUAUUUCUUAGAUUUGUCUUUGCUUUCAUUUUUUAAAGCUCACAGUUGCAGUUUUUAAUACAAAAGUUGAAGCUUCAAGAGAAGCAGGAUAUUUAGGACAACCUACAGCAAGAAGCUGGUGACUGAAAUAGACAUGCAUUUUCAGAGUUUACCUCUUGAAGUUGAUGUAAGCAGUAAUUUUUCCAUUCACAGCUGCUUAAGCUCUGGACAUGUAUCAGUUGUUCAGUUAAGAACUUCAUAAUGUUGGUAUAGGAAUUCAUGGGAAUAAAGUUUGAUUUGAUUAA